GGCACCUUUUCAAUGGUUAUUCAUUAUUGUAACCAACGUUCGGUCUCCCCACACACGCACACACACCUUUUAAACAAGUGGUAUAUCGGACUAGGUUAUGGAAUCGGAUUGUUAUUCUUUUAAAAGAUACAUUAACAUUUAUGUUAAAAUUAAGUUAUACUUUUAUAUUGGAUAUUACAAAAUUUAUUCUUGUCAAAUAUGAACGAAGUCGAAACAAGUUCUCAUCUUGUGGUUGCUGCUUUCGACUUUGGGACGACAUUCAGUGGUUAUGCUUUCUCAUUUCGUAGCAAACCUUUAGAGAUAUACACCAACAAUGCUUGGAAUGAUGGUACCUAUCUUUCUUUGAAAACACCUACAAGCUUAUUGCUAGACACUGAAGAGAAAUUCCAUUCCUUUGGAUAUGAAGCAGAAAAUAAAUACAAAAAGCUUGUUGAAGAAGACGAGCACCAUAGUUGGUUGUUUUUCAGACGUUUCAAAAUGUUAUUGCACCAGAAUAAGAAACUAAGCAGACUAACGACUGUCAAAGACAUUACAGGAAAGCGACGCAUGUAUGCCAUUGACAUUUUCUCAUUGUCAAUACGUUAUCUGCGGGACCAUUUUUUUUCGGAACUUCAAAAGAAAUGUCCUGACAUCGAAGUGACUGAUAUACAAUAUGUUAUAACCAUUCCCGCGAUCUGGGAUGACAACGGUAAACAGUUCAUGAGAAUGGCAGCGUUGCAGGCAGAUAUUGAUAACGAUAAGCUGAUACUUGCUUUAGAGCCAGAAGCUGCAUCUAUCUGUUGUCAAAAGAUAUCAGUUGAUUUAAAAGACAAGACAAUUUUGUCUGGUUUGCAGUACAUCGUGAUAGACCUAGGAGGUGGCACCGUGGAUAUAACGGCUCAUCGAAUAAACGACAAUGGAACGUUAACCGAAUUGUACAAAGCAAGUGGAGGUCCAUGGGGUGGAAUAUACGUCGACAACAACUUUCUGAACUUUUUAGAUGAUUUAUUCGGAGAGCAAGUUAUGAGUUGUUUUAAAGAAACCAAUCUUGAAGACUACUGGGACAUGCUGCGAGCAUUCGAAACCAGCAAGAGGGAAGUAAAAUAUACCGAUUGUCAUGAACAAGAGCAAACUAACAUUACUAUAAGAAUUCCCUCAACUUUAAGGGAAAUUUCUAAAGAAGAAAACGGCAAAGUCUUGGAGGAAUUGAUAAGCUCUUCAUCUUUCUCGUCGGACAUAAAAAUAAAAAAAGAUAAAAUUAGAGUUGGAGUAGAAUUAGUAAGGAAGUGGUUUGAAGGAUCUGUUAAUGAUAUCAUACAUCAUAUUGAAGAUCUACUAAAAGCACCGGAAGUAUGUCAAGUAACCACUUUGAUCUUAGUAGGUGGUAUGGCUGACAGUCCAUACGUACAAGAAAAGAUUAGAUUUGCAUUUUCAUCAAAGCGUUUGAUCAUACCAGAAAAUCCUGGUUUGGCAGUACUAAAGGGAGCAGUUGUUUUCGGACAUGAUCCUAUGUCUAUAUCUGUAAGAGUUAUGAGAGCAGGCGACACGGUACAAGUUGGUCAGGAACUUACGCAUUUCUCUUCUCCAGUUAACAAGGAAUCCUCUUUGUAUCCGAUCUACCGCUCUGUUAGCAGUGAUCCUAAAUAUACGACAGAAUCCGACUGUGAAAGGAUUGGCUUGCUGACACUGAAACAUGUUGGAAAAGCUGAUUUGGAAAGCAAAAAGUUUAAAUUAAUUAUGAUAUUUGGAAAUACGGAGCUUAUUGUAAAAGCUGAAGAAAUGGAUACCGUAGAGAAAAGUUCCUCGACGUUCAAUUGUCUAAUAAAGUAA